UCGACUAUUUUUCGCUAGUGGCCUAUGUCGCCAUUUAGGCUAUGGGAAAUAAUUUUGGUUUAACCAAACAAGCCGAUUACUAAAAAAAAAAUGCCAAUAAAUGUGCGCGUAACACCGGAAUGGACAGAUUUUGUGCCACGGCUGGUGGAAGCAAUACAGAGAGAACAGCUGCGUGAUGGAUUCAACCAGGAUGACAAAGAGGAGACAUUAUUCCUUAACGUCCAUCCGAGUAUCCAGUUUCACUACUCAUGCGCGCCACUGCAUCAUAUUCACUGCAUUACAUCCUACAGUGGAUGCAGUGGCAACGUGGUGCUGGGGUUCAAGUGGGGUCAAACCGAAUUCAAACAUCAGAUUGAAACCUGGGUGGAUGAUGGCCAGGGCAGCCUCCAGCACCAUUCUACAAUACCCGUCUAUGGCAGGUACAAGAUUGAACUCAUGCAGUAUAUCCCCAACCGCGGCAUCCUGGUGGGCUACUGCAAUGACGUGUGCCUGCGCCUGCUGACCGACAACACACAGGAGAUGGUGAUGCUGUGCCAGGCAGAGUGCCCCGCCUCAGUGGCCAGCAUGCUGUACUGUCCAGAGACCGGCGAGCUCCUCACAGGCAGCAUGGGACUCGUGGCCUUCUGGGGUUUCUACACGUCCACCCAGAGUCCCCUGAGCCUGCUGAGGACCCUGGACUGGACGAGCUCCUCGCUGCAGCGCGACAUGUUCAUCACCGGCUUCGUGGCCCAGCCGCAGACCAGCUCCGUCUACGUGCUGUGCAGCCACAACGUCAAGAGCUUCGACCACGCCGGCCAGCGGGAGCUGUUUGAGUUCCGCGGCCGGAGCGUGGCCACGCUGCGCUGCGCCGUCCUGGAGUGGCGGCAGAGAUAUCUGUACACGGGAGACGCGGAGGGAUACAUACAGGUGUGGAGCUACGACACGCGCUGCCUCUUCCUGCAGUUCCGCGCUCACCCGGACGCGGUGACGUCGGUGGUGCUGAUGCCGGAGUCGGGCACCAUCCUCUCUGCCUCCACCAGCUGCUGGAUCAAGCAGUGGACGCGCUCCGGCGACCUGCUCCUCAAGCUGCACACGGACAUGGCGGGAGGCGUGAGGAGCAUGUGGACGCUGGGCAACAACGUCAUUCUCAGCCAGUCCUCAAACUCCUUAGACGUGUGGCGGCUGAACAGUAUCUACAGGUCUUUCAAUGACACGGCCUGCAGUGUGCGUGUGCUCCGCCGGCUGGAGUGCGGACGACGGGGGAAGGCCCGCAUCCUGGCGGUGACGCAGGACGGCAUCAUCCGCUUCUUCUCCCCUGUCACGGGCGAGCUGCUCUUCCUCUCCUGGCCCUUCCUGCACAUCGACAAGGCUCUGGGCUUCGCCUACGACCCGCUGCGCGAGGAGCUGUACAUCUGCGACGGCAGCGUGGACGUCCACGUCCUCGACACCACCCUGAACCCCUGUCCCGUGAAGCACGUCCUCAACACCGUCAAGGACGGCAACGACGAAGUGCUGUGUCUGGCCACCGUGUUCGUCUGGAGCUCGCAAGAUGGCGCAGCCGCCACCGCCACCUCCACUUCCACCUUCGCCGCCAAUGAAAGCCUGUGUUGCUGCCUGGUGUUCAGCGGUCACUGUAGCGGGAAGCUGCAGCUCCUGGCGCCACUCGGCCUGCGUUGCAACCCGGGGGAAGCGCACUCGGGACCCAUCUGCCAGAUGAGCACCAGCAGCAGUAGCACCAGCGGUGGAGGCGGUGGCCAGACGGCUGUGAUCUGCUGCUACGGCACAGACAAGCAGUUCACCCUCUGGUCGGUCGCGUUCAGGGACGGCCGCGUCCACCUGACUCUCAGCAGUCAGAUCUUUUGUCCGUUCACCCCGGUCCACUGCAGGGUCCUGAGAGGGGGCGUGUGCGCCGUCUCGCCGCAGCAGGACAUGGUUGUGUACUCUCUGCGCAGCGGGGGGCAGAAUCCCGGCCGCCCGAUAGCGAUCAAGAGGGACAGGUCGCAGACGAUAUCGUGUCUCGACUACUGCCCCGAGCUGGACGUCCUCGCUGUCUCGGGCCCGAGUGGCAAAGUGGAGUUCUGGAACCCCGUCGUCGGGGAGCUGGUGGCGGAGGUCCAGCUGGGCGUGCCGGUGACGCAGCUGUGCUUCGGGAACGCCCGCGGCGACCUCCUGGCCUCGUUCUCCGAUAGCGUUAGCAUCGUGUCCGUGGCGCACGUGCUGCCCACCCGCUACCUCAGGCGCGUGCUGGAGCAGGCCCCGCCGGACGACGUCGCCGAGCUGCCCGCUCCCUUCCUGCCGAAGUCGCCGUCGCAUUACGACAUCAGCACAGUCGGCAAGAUAUACAUGAAACACGUUGAGACGGGGAGGAGCUUAGCGACGGAAACGAUACGCGAUCCGAUGCUAGACGAUAACAUGGCAGAGAAGGACGCUGCUCCCGCAGAAGACAAAUAUGCUGGCAGGAAGUCUAUUAUUAGACCCUUCCCUUUCGUCCCUUUCAGAAGGAAGAGACAAUCAGCCUGCAAAAGUGCUUCAACAACUGAAGAAGAGCCCGAUGAAAUGGAAGAAGAUGACGUUUCAGAGGAAGCAGUCAUGCAGGCACAGUCAUUCGAAGACACUGUCUUUUCUCUGUUCCGCCACAUCGCCCCAGACGGCUACAUCCCGAACUCAGUGGUGCGAGGCCACCACACCACAGAGCACCUGGAGGAGGAGCAGAAGUGGACAUACGAGGUGGAGGAGAUCCCUCAGGCUCUCCUCAGAGACUACUACGACCUGCCGGAGGAGAACCUCAACAAACAUUCCGAGGAGGUCAAGGUGAUUUUAACGCGCACCAAGCAGAUACGAAUCCAGAACGCACAGCAGCAGAUGAUGAAAAGUGGGACGACUGCUGCUGCUACGCAGGAAGUGGCGGAGGAAGGGCAGGGCAUCACGGGGGUUCAGCACAUUGACAAGGUCCCGGAUGGCGAGGACGAGAUGGUGGUGCAAAGGCUGAACGAACUACUGGGAAAAUUAGAGACGUCAUCUGAGGAGGAUUACAAGGCAAUGAGUGACGAGCUGAUUACGGUUCUCAAACAGAUAAAGGACGAGGCAUUUUUAGAGAGGGUCAAAGACAUGUUUCUCGACCAUGCCAUGGAUGGCUCCAUGGGGUGGCGACAGUUGCAAGGCUUGAACAAUCUCCGCAGACUGUGCCUCCUGCACAGAGGAGACAUAGCUACCAUCGCCCAGAUGCUGGUCCACCUUUUCCCAGAGUUGCGCAACUUAGCCGGCUCAAUAUUGCAGACGGAGUUCUACAUUUUUGACAAACAAACGCUGGCGAGUAGGUUGCAAGGAGUCAUGAGCCCCAAGGAAAUGAAAACAUUGCUUUCCAAACUGACAGAGGAUCUUAAUUAUGUUGAGGAUAAUAAUUCUGUUAUAAAACACAAAAAGCGAUCCAAAAAAGCAGAUGCUGAGAUGAAUGAGUCCUCGAGCACUCAAGUUUUCAAGUACACCACCAUGAAACGGAUGUCAGACGCAAAAGGUAACCGCAGGAGGUCCAGGAAGAGAAGUACACUAUGUGGCAGCUGCACUUCAGAAGACCUUUUGGCAGGAGACGAACAGGCUAAGAAAGACACCCACGCUGACAUGCAGGCAGAGGGCCUGGGGAGCAUCGGGAAGAGACACCCUGACGCUCAAUCCAAACAAGCCAAGUCAAAGCGUGCCACCAAAGAGCGCGGAGCUUCACUGAAACUCCCCCAGCGCCCCACCCUUAACCCAAGACUGCACGCCUACAGGCAGUCCUUUGUGUUAGACAGAUUUCAGUUGGAUGAAAUGGAAAUGGAGGCAGAUAUGGCCAAGUGUAAAUCCCGGCUGCCGCCGAUUGACUCAGGAUGUGUCUCCCUGGCAGACCUAGCAGAAGGGGUUCACCAGAAAGGGGCUGAGCAAAAAGUGGGGUCCACCACCAAAAAACGGGGCGGCCUCAUUCCAAUUGGGAAGCCCAAAAGGGCCGAGCACCAUUACAACACGCCCGUCCCGUGCCACUACGGCUCUGCGCUCCAUGACGGCAUCCACUCCCAGAAUUCUGAUGACAUCAUCUUAAACUAUGACGUCAUCUCCUCUCAGCGCACCUCCAGAGCCGAGCAGCAUGACGUCAUCGGUCAGCGCCCUUCCAGAGCCGAGCAGCAUGACGUCAUCGGUCAGCGCCCUUCCAGAGCCGAGCAGAAUGACGUCAUCUCUCAGCGCCCCUACAGACCCGAGCAGCACGACGUCAUCGGUCAGCGCCCUUCCAGAGCGGAGCAGCAUGACAUCAUCUCUCAGCGCCCAUACAGAGCCGAGCUUGGUGUCGGCUCUCCGCAUGCCGAGCAUCCUCAGGGCCCUCGCCAUCCUCUAGGUCACGUCUCCCACCUGUAUCCACAGGGGGGCACUGUGCUGCGCAGGCCUGGUGAGCUAGGUGAAGGUCACGAGCAAGGAGACAGUCACUGGAGGCAGAGCCUGCACAAGCUCAUCUCCCUCAACGGCUUCCGCUCCCGCAAAGCAGAAAAGGCGGCCGCCCCUCUACUGUGCUCACCGCCACCGCCACCGCCACCGCCGGCCCGUAUGCCACAGAGGCCAACUGGCCAAAAGACCACUCUACUUCCCCCGCUCCACCAGAGGGCACUGUGGCAGGGUGCGCCAGGGGAGCGGGUGGCGGAGAGGGUAGAGUUGACGACCAAGGGAGGAGGAGGUGGUGGUGGUGGUGGGAGCGCCAACUCCAAUUUGGCCUCAGCCGCGGCGCUAUUGAAGUUCCAGAACGAGAUCCCGCUGCCCUGGCGCCUCAGCCACUUCCCCCUGAGGUCGCGCGGCCACACCAGGUACGGCAAGCUGGAGGUGGGAUGGGUGAGGAGCGGAGGAGGAGUGCAGCUGCCCAACAUCGACCCCACCAAGCGCUCCCUCAGCCGGAGUUAGAGGAGACACAGAAAUUAUUUUUAUUUUUGGUUGUAUUUCAUACUUUAUCAAAGUAUUUGACAAAAAAAUCUUAUAUUUCUUUACAAGAGAGUAAAACAAAUAUGCAAAGACGUUUGAUGAUUAAUAAAAAACUGA